AUGGUGAGUUAUAGAGUAGCAAGCGCUUCAGAAUACCUUGUAAUCACUGGUUGUGGUAUAGAUGACAUCAAACUAGCAAAGAAAGCAUGGAUUCUUCCUGGUCAAUCCUUCAGGCGUUUCGAUAUUUCACCAGUAAACUACACCUUCGAAGUUCAAGCUAUGAGUUCAGAAAAACUCCCUUUCUUGCUUCCUGCUGUUUUCACAAUUGGUCCUCGUGUUGAAGAACAUGAAGCCUUGAUGAAGUAUGCAAAACUCCUCUCUAGUCAUGAUCGUCAAUCGAAUCAUGUCAAAGAACUUGUUCAAGGUGUUAUUGAAGGAGAAACUAGAGUUCUCGCUGCUUCGAUGACUAUGGAAGAUGUUUUUAAAGGUACUAAAGAAUUCAAGAAAGAAAUAUUUGAAAAAGUUCAGUUAGAGCUAAAUCAAUUUGGGCUCUUGAUUUACAAUGCUAACAUCAAACAACUUGUGGAUGUUCGAGGACAUGAAUAUUUUUCUUAUUUGGGUCAGAAGACUCAGAUGGAAGCUGCAAAUCAAGCCAAAAUUGAUGUCGCAGAAGCCAAGAUGAAAGGUGAAGUUGGUGCGAAACUGAGAGAGGGACAGACAGUGCAGAACGCGGCAAAGAUCGACGCUGAAACCAAGAUUAUUGCUACUCAGAGACAAGGAGCAGGAAAGAAAGAAGAGCUUAAAGUGAAGGCUGAGGUAAAGAUUUUCGAAAACCAAAGGGAUGCUGAGGUCGCUGAAGCUAAUGCUGAGUUGGCUACUAAGAAGGCUGGAUGGGCACAGUUGGCACAGUUAGCAGAGGUUGAAUCUGUUAAGGCCGUGGCUAUCAAAGAGGCUGAGUUGCAGAGACAAGUUGAGUUGAAGAAUGCUUUGACUCAGACUGAGAAAUUGAAGGCUGAGUAUCUUAGUAAAGCUAGUGUGGAAUAUGAUGUCAAGGUGCAAGAGGCAAACUGGGAGUUGUACAAGAAACAAAAAGAAGCAGAAGCAGCUUUAUAUGAGAAACAGAAAUCAGCUGAAGCUCAAAGACUUGCUGCUGAGGCACAAUUUUUCGCACGACAACAGGCUGCUGAUGGAGAAUUAUACGCGAAAAAGAAAGAAGCCGAAGGAAUGGUAGCUGCAGCUCAAGCACAAGGGGUUUACGUUGGAACACUUGUAAAAUCAUUUAACGGGAACUAUGCUUCACUAAGGGAUUACUUGAUGAUUGAUGGUGGAAUGUUUCAACAAAUUGCCGAGAGUAAUGCUGGUGCAGUGAAGGGUUUGCAGCCAAAGAUUAGUAUUUGGACUAAUGGUGAUGGUUCUUCUGCUGGAGUUAAUGGUGUAGACGGUUCAUCUUCAGGAGCUUUGAAAGAGAUUGCAGGAUUAUAUAAGACGUUGCCAAAUUUGCUUCAGACUGUGGAGCAACAAACUGGAAUGAUUCCACCGGCAUGGUUAGGUACAAGUUCUAGUACUCCUCAGUAA